AUGCAAGCUGGUCUCCGCCCCGUCCUCCGCUCUAUGCGGCUCACAGCUCGCCGAGCCAACUCGUCCACACCGCCCACACAGCAAAACGAGAGCGUCCAGAAGGCCGUCCAGUCUGCUCAGAACGCUCUCAACUCCACCACUGCCACCCUUAAGCGAGUCGCCGGACCUGUCGGAGAGCGUGUCCAGAACUCGGUCGGAGGCCCCAUCGUAUUCAGCGUAAAGACCUUUGCGUCCAUGUUCAAGCAGGUCUUCAAGGCCGAGAAGCUUUCUUUCCCCACCGAUCUCAACACUUGGGUUCACACCUACGCUCAGAUCUGGUCACGAGCAACCAGCGGGAAAUGGUGGACGCAGACCGUCAAGACGGGCGCUUGGGCUGGUCUCGGUAUUGCCUCCAUCGAGGCAUACGGUAUCUUCUGCCUCGGCGAAAUAAUAGGCCGCCGCAACAUUGUCGGCUACAAGGUCAAGGACCACUAG